AUGGUUCUUUAUAGUUGCACCAUCAAGAAGCAAAGGCCUUCACCCUCGUUUUCUGUAGCUGCCAAAUUUUUUGUGCUUGCAUUAUUUGGAACCACCAUCCAUCUGAAUGUGUACUAUGCUGGUUUAGAAUACACUUCUCCAAAAGUUGCAUGUGCCUUGACUAAUGUUAUUCCUAGCUUGACAUUUCUAAUGGCAGUUCUACUUGGGUUGGAGAAGUUGAAGAUUAGAAUUGCUAGAGGUCAAGCUAAGGUGGCUGGCACACUUUUCUGCAUUGUUGGUUCUCUUGUUUUCCCUUUCUGGAAAGGUGGAUACCUAUUUAAAGGUUUUGUAAAGAGGCCAUGGAUAAAUAUAUCUGUUGGUGAGAUGAGGCAUGUUAAGGAAAACUGGAUCAAGGGGGCUCUUCUUAUUCUGACGAGUCACAUUGCGUGGAGUGCAUGGCUAAUCCUCCAGUUCUUUGUCCAACUUCGGCUCUCUGGUCUCACAGGCUGUGGCCUCCAAAGUCUACACUGCUCGAUUAUCGCUAAAAACGAUGAUAUGCCUUUUCGCAUCAUGGCAAUCUUCUUUUCUUGCCCUGUUUUUCGCAAGAAAUCUAAUUUCAUGGAGACUGGAGUGGAACCUGCAACUUUUAACCAUCGUGUACUGUAUAUAUUUGAACCUGUCACAACUUCCGGUCUUCACCCACUCCUUGCUUUUGCAAUAGGGAGUGUAAUCUCAGCAUUAGCCUACUACCUGCAAACAUGGUGCAUGAGUUACAAGGGACCAGUCUUUGCAUCUAUGUUUAGUCCACUUCAAGUCAUUAUAGUGGCAUUGUUCUCGGCAAUUGCUUUCACAGAGCGACUUCACUUUGGCAGCUUGAUCGGAGCGUUUCUCUGGUUGAGGAACAAGAUUCAGGCAUUUCUGUUUUACCUCAGUAUUGGUUUGUACCAGCACAUUGGCAUGGGGUGUAAACCUUCUAGGUCAUCAUCUGGUCAUUAUUAA